CGAAAAGAAGGACGAGAUGAUCCACCCAGUCCAUCAACUUGUCUGCACAAGCGACUUGCAUCUGGAGCUUGCCAAUAUCUUACUUAAGCAUUGCCUAUGAGCCCCUAUACCAGAUGUUUGACGGGCAUCUACACACAAGUGAAGUUUGUUGCCUCUCUCACAUCACCAUAUCCGCAUAGUCGAAUUGGAUCGUAAAUUGGGAACCAUUUCCAUUGCAACCAGCUGCAUAUGCGACGUGACUGCAAGCAUUCGACAUGCACCACUGUCUUCUGCUGACUGAGAUCCUCGAAAUUAUAUUUGAUUUUGUCUUCAAUUCUAUGAAAGUGGCUCGCUUCAGAAGUGCUUCCACCUUUCCUGAUCUCUUACCAUCUUGCUAUCAUCACGAUCGACGCUCUGUCUUCUGUCUCGCACUCACAUGCCACGCAUUCUAUGAUAUAGCAUUAGAUCUCCUUUAUUCUCACCUGUGCAGCAUCCGGCCUCUUAUCAAGUCCCUGCCUCACUCGGAAUCAGUUUCCUCGGGCACAGCGUCCCUGGUGCUUACAUCUGAACACUUCAACUCAUCGAUUCCCUACGCCGCACGCGUCAAGUCCCUCUUUAUGCAAUACGACUACUAUGGGAUUGAAUAUGCAAACCUCCUUGCAAGUGCGCUUAAAGACACCCUGAUAUUUCCCAACCUGCGCUCACUUACAUGGUGGGAUGGGCGCAUCACCUCCAUCCCAGCUCUCAGCCUCUUCCUACCUACCCUUGAGACCCUCUCCAUUAACAUCACAGAAAUCGCUUCUUGGACCUGAACCAAGUGGCACCCCGACUAGGACCCUGAAACUCAAAUUUCAACAUCGCGCUCAACAGCGCCAAGGUUGCCAAACGGCGCCUUUGCGCAUCCAUACUAACUC